CUCUCUCUCUCUCUCUCUCUCUCUCUCUCUCUCAGCCUCAGUGUCCCUCCAGCCUUGAAGAAGGGAGGAGGUCACGUGCCCUCUCCUGGAAGCUGCCGCGUGCCCAAACAGCUACAGGCCUGCGGGGAAGUGAAGAAGACUCUACACCACAAUGCUCCACCACCACCACCACCGCCUCCUCCUCCUCCUCCUCCUCCCCUCCUCCCCAGCGCCUUCCUAUUCCCCCCGUACUGGGACGUGUGGUUCUCCUCCUCCUGGUCAAACAGAGGACACGGUUACGGAGGUCGCGGCUACCACUUGCCAGGUCACCAAGACGGGCGAGGUCACACCCACGGCCACGGUCACCAUACCCUGGGUCACACUCACUCAGGCCAAGGUCACAUGUUCAAGGGAGGUCACGUUUCACUAGUUCAAGGUCACGGAGGUCAAGAUUCAGGUCACAGUCUUCAUGGAGGUGUCAGAAAGGUGUUCUCAAGUGUCUAUGGUGACUUCAAUCAGAGAGGUCACCAUCAGCAAAGAGGUCACCAUCAGCAGCCCGCCCAACCCUGGUCCUCUAUGGCAGGUCACGGUCACCGGGGUUACAUAAGCUCCCAAGGUCACACGGGGUCACAACACGGACACACUCACCAGCACAGUGACCGCUAUGUGCAAGGUCACAAUGAACGAGGUCAUGCCGGGUCACAAGGUCAUAGUGGGUCACCAGGUCACACAGGGACACACACUCACCAAGACGAUCACCACACUGGGUUAGGUCACACAAAUACCUUCUCCCCGAUUAAUUUUGGGUCACAAGGUCACACUGGGUCACAAGGAGGUCACACUCACCAAGAUGACCACCACCAUGACCAAGGCCACACAUCAUCGUUCUCUGCCCACGCCGGGUCACAAGGUCACACCGGCUCACAAGGUCACACUGGGUCACAAGGAGGUCAUACUCACCAACAUCACCAAGACCACACAAAACCAUCAUCAUUCUCUGUCCAAGCCGGGUCACAAGGUCACUACGGUUCACAAGGUCACACUGGGUCACAAAGAGGUCACACUCACCAAGAUGACCAAAGCCACACAUCAUCGUUCUCUGCCCACGCCGGGUCACAAGGUCACACCGGCUCACAAGGUCACACUGGGUCACAAGUCAGUCACUCUCACCAAGACAGUGGCCACAAUGAGCAAGGAGGUCACACAAAAACGGUCUCCAUCUCAGGUCCCGCCGAGUCACACCUUCACACUGGGUCACAAGGUCACACCAAAUCACAAGGUCAUAGUGGAUCACCAGGUCACACAGGGCCACACACACACCAAGACGAUCACCACACUGAGUUAGGUCACACAAAUACUUUCUCCCCGAUUAAUUUUGGAUCACAAGGUCACACUGGGUUACAAGGAGGUCACACUCACCAAGAUGACCAAAAGGACCACGAAAGUCACCAUGAAAAGCCUGCGUCACAAGGCUACACUGGGACUCAGGGUCACAUUGGGUCACACCUGGGUCACACGCACCAAGACGACCAACAUGGUGAGCAGGGCCACACCAAACCCUCAUCAUUCUCCCCUCACUCUGGGUCACAAGGCCAAACUGGGUCACAAGGUCACUCUGGGCCACAAGGUCACAUUGAGUCACACCUGGGUCACACUCACCAAGACACAAGAACGUCACCAAUCUCAGGUCACGCCGAGGGAGAUCACCAUGACCAACCUGCCAGCCCGGGGACUCCCAUAGAAGGUCACAGCCAGCAAGGUCAAAAAGUAGACCUUUCCAGCACUGCAGACCACAAACAAAGUCACACAGGGUCACAACGAGGUCACACUCACCAAGACGACCACCACAAUGAACAAGGUCACACAGAAACACCCCUUAGCUCGGGUCACAUUGGGUCACAAGGUCACACGGGGUCACAGUUGGGUCACAUUCACCAAGACGACCACGAGGAGGAAAGAGGUCACCAGGAGAGCCACCCUGAGUCACAGCAAGGUCACAGUGAGGACGGGGCACCUGGCUUCAUCAAGUUUGGUGCGCAGAGUCUCCCAGAUCACCACCUCCACCACCACGACCAUGACCACCACCACCACGACCACGACCACGACCACCACGGGGACCCCCACGGUGACCACCACUUCCACUCAGUGCGGGGUGGUCACAUUCACGGCAAUAAAGACGACGUGGAGUUUGUGAAGAUGCUCCUUGCACAAAAUCCAGAGAACACAGCCCCAGACGCACAGACCAGGGCGGGCCGGACACACCCCCCCACAGCCACAGCCCGCCAGCGUGCCCCCCCUCCAACACAGGCCUUCAGAGACACGGUGGAUGUGAGGACCAACCUUUCCAUCUAACGAAGAAGUCCUCGCCAUCUGACCUUCAACUUGCCGUCUGUGGGCGCGUGUGUGUGUGUGUGUGUGUGUGUGUGUGUGUGUGUGUGUGUGGUAUUUUCAAGUAAGGC